UUCUUCUUCUUCAUCUUCUUCGCCUUCACAGCUUCUUCUUCCCUCAUGGGCGACGCACCAGCAGAUUCCACGCGGUGAAGAACCGGCGAAGGCUCUCGAGUCUCGAGCCCGCCAUGUACGUGUCUUCGCAUUCCGGCUUGCGAACUGCACGGCCAAUCUCUACCCCAUCUGCUCUCGUCUCUCUUUGGCCGCGAUCCCCCGUCGAUUGAUUGGCGAAUGAAUCGUUCGUCGCGAUGAGCUCUUCUACUUCGGCUUCGGCUUCGUCUCGAUCGAGUGAUUCCAGAGCGAGGACGCUGUGGGGAUCGUUGUUCGUCGCGGUCGGUUGCGUUUGCUUCGUCGCCUUUGCGUACGCGGCCGUCGUGUCCAAGCUUCUUCCGCCGUCGGACAACGCCGUCAUCUCUGCGGUGCAGAACGACAGGUACUAUUGUUUUUUGGUUCCCCUUACACUCCCCAUCCUCGUUGUCGCUGUAUAUUUUCAUUGGCUCAGCAUGAAGCUUUUCAAGCACGCAUGAUGUUUGUCUCAUCAGACCGUGGUCGAUCAAACAAACUGGCUGCUCUCCUUGCUGGUUCGCCAGAUCCAAUAGUGAUAGUGGAAUUUAUGCAACUUCUGGUGGAAAACCAUUUUUCUUUGUUGUAGUAUGACAAUAUGAUAUAUGCUAAAGCAAUGAAGUUCCCUGGAUUUGAUA